CCCCUCCCAGUCCUUGUGUGUGUGUAUGAGUCUAUGUGUGUAAGAGUGCGCGUGUGUGUGCGUGUAUGUAUGUGUGCGUGCGCGUGUCUCCCUCUCUCCUACUCUGGCUGUAGGCAGACAGUCAAGCAGGCUGCCCUUCCCUCUCUCCAGCCUUUGCUGCUCAGGCUUCCUGACGCCUCUGCAGUCACAGACCGAGGAUGGACCGGCCCGGACUGGACGCCGCCACUGUAGCUUCCUGGAUUAGCUCUCGUCGUCCCGUUUGAAGCAAGGAACCGCUUCGCCGUCUUCUUCAGGGAAUGGGGAUGCACAGAAGCCAAACCAAACCCAGCUGGGAGGUGUAGAAACGCGACCACCUACUGAGCCCCGCGCUGGUCAGCCAGGACCUUUGCCUUUCAGCUGCCUCCAGAGCCUCGAUGGUAUUGUAACCCUGAGCUCCUGAGCAUCUUCGCCAGACUCUGUGGGUUCCAACACCCAGAGCUGCUCGCAUAGCCCGGGCAGGGCUCCCCUUUGCCAACCUCUGUGCUGAGUGCUCUGUCUGGUCUGCCCAGCAGCUAGCCUGCUAGCCCAGCCGCCUGCCAUGGCGCUGCGGCGCUUCCUAUUGCUGCUGCUGCCGCUGCUGUUCUUCCUCGAGUCCCUGCACUUACUGGUGCCUAUGGCUGAGGCGGGGCCCCGGAGCCGCGGGAACCGGAAUAAUAGCACUGGCCCUGGAGCCGUCGGGGGCCUGCGGGCUGGAGGGACAAUGCUCAGGGGCAACAGGGAACUGAAUGGGACGUCCCGCCAGCUGGCGGUUCCUGAGGUGGGGCGGCGGGACCGGCCUUCUCCCAGUGUCGCGGUCACCCAUGAGACGUGCUGGGGCUACUACGAUGUCAGUGGCCAGUAUGACAAGGAGUUUGAGUGCAAUAAUAGCGAAAGCGGCUUCCUGUACUGCUGUGGUACUUGCUUCUAUCGAUUCUGCUGCAACAAGCGGGGAGAAAAACUGGAUCAGCACCAGUGUAAAAACUAUGUGAGCCCAGGGUGGAUCCAGACUCCCAGCACUCAGGUGAUUCCUCAGGAUCUCCAGAACAAGUACGACCCGGAGAAGGACAAGACCAACUUCACUGUCUACAUCACCUGCGGAGUAAUAGCCUUCGUCAUCGUAGUUGUAGUCUUUGCCAAAGUCUCUUAUGACAAGGCCCACCGUCCCCCGAGGGAGAUGAACAUCCACAGAGCUCUUGCUGACAUCUUAAGGCAACAGGGACCAAUCCCAAUAGCACACUGUGAAAGAGAGACUAUUUCAGCUAUUGAUACCUCUCCCAAGGAGAACACACCUGUCAGAUCCUCCUCAAAAAACCACUAUACCCCAGUACGUACAUCCAAACCAACAACAGGACUCUAUGGGAAGGAUGUCCACAGAAGUGGAGGCCAUGAUCUUCAUAACUUCAUCUCAUCUGGAUUUGUCACAUUAGGAAGAGGACACACGAAGGAAAAGCCACGGAUAAACAACAUCCUGACUUCAGCUACAGAGCCCUAUGACCUUUCUUUCUCUCGAUCCUUCCAGAACUUGGCUCAACUCCCCCCAUCCUAUGAAUCUGCAAUUAAAACCAACCCCAGCAAAUACUCAUCUUUGAAGAGGCUAACUGACAAGGAAGCUGAUGAGUAUUACAUGAGGAGGCGCCAUCUCCCUGAUCUGGCUGCCCGGGGCACACUCCCUCUUAAUGUCAUCCAGAUGUCACAGCAGAAACCCCCAACACGAGAGAGGCCUCGCCGGCCAAUACGAGCCAUGUCCCAAGACAGAGUCUUAUCUCCUGAAAGGGUGAUGCCAGAGGACUUCAGCAUGUCCUAUGACAGGAUCCUGUCGAAUGAGCAGUUGUUAUCAGCUGAACGUCUUCAUUCCCAGGACCCACUGCUGUCUCCAGAGAGGACAGCCUUCCCAGAGCAGUCUCUGUCCCGUGCCAUGUCAAACAUGGAUGUCUUUGUGUCUACACCUGUGCUGGACCGCUACCACAUGACCAAGAUGCACUCCCAUCCUAGUGCCUCUAAUAACUCCUACAAUACCCUAGGCCAGAGUCAGACAGCAGCUAAGCGCCAAGCCUUUGCAUCUCGAAGACACAACACAGUGGAACAGCUUCAUUACAUUCCUGGACAACACACCCACUACCAUACAGCCAGCAAGACUGAAGUAACUGUGUGACUGGGGUCAGAGCCAGGGAUAGGCUGGGUUGAGGUAGCUAGGAGAGAAGCCUAACUGUCUUCUGUAAAAGGGCCUUGGGCCCUAGGCAGGAUAGAGAAUCAUCUAGCCUUUGUAAUUCAACCCUCUAGAAAACAUUCAAGGGAGAGAUGGGGGCCAGACGGGCUGCUUCUGCAACAGAAAGCCAUACCCCCUCUUGGAAAUACAGCCCAAACCUUCUGGCACUGAGUCACUCUGUCUUAUAAAUCUAAUAGUAUUUCUCUCCCAUUUUCAAGUAGAUUCAAGAAUUUGUGAGGAAAGGAGAUAGUCCUAAGCCUCCCCAGCAACACCUCCUUGUUCCCACAUAUUCUCUCAAUAGGGGCUCAGCUAUUUGAGACCCUGUCCCCACUAAUAUCCCUUCCCACUUAGGAUGGGUUGACCUGGAUCUGUCCUCAGUUGGCUGGUCAGGUUGGCAAUUCAUUUAACUAGAACUACAUCAUCGAAAUCUUCUAGUGCCUAAAAACUGCCUGCUCACUUGCUCUGAGAGCAGUGGAGAGGCUGUGUCCAUAAGCACAAAGAUAACUUUCCUGCCCUUCAUCAGAGUGCUCCCAGUUCUUACUCUCGCAUAAGCCUGAGAGCAGGCAGAUUUCCAUUAUUUCUUCUGCUCCUUAACAAAAACUCUGAGUUAGGGAAGCUUACUUAAACACACCUCCUUGAUUCCAGCAUACUCUUCACUCCUUGGUUUUCCCUUUCCUUCAGGCCUGUUCUCUGUGACAUCUAGCCUUCUUCACCUGGACAGGAUGCUCCUGCCCUGAGUCCUGAUCAUCCUCUAACUCAAGAGUUCAAGAGCCUUCCUGAAGUGAAAAUGAAGUGAAUUCCCAUAAAGAAGGAGACCUUGGCCUGUAGUAUAAAAAGAAUUCAUGCCAAUGAACCAGAUAGUCUCUUCAUCUUCUCCAGGAGCCCUAAGAUCAGAGCCCUCAACCCAAGCAACAGCUCUCCAUACAGGCCUAUUUACUAUCCCCAGAACCCAGUCUGACCUCCUAUCAAUGCCUGUCAGGCUCUGGGGGGACCCACUGUGAUGGCCAUGAUCUGGAGUUAUACCCAUCAUUCAAGGCUCUCUUUUCUUAAUCCCAUACAUGUCAAACUGGACUGUUUCAGAUACAGUCUGUGUUUUAGCCCUCUAAGAGGGCAACUCAGGCACCAAACAGAAAAUUAUCUUUAGAUGACAACAACACUGCCCCUAUCCAUAAUACAACUUUCUCUUAGAUCUUACCCUUGCAAGCCCCACUCUUCUCUUUUGGCCAGAGACAGUGCCCCAGUAUCCUCCACCUUUUUUGUCCUUUUUAGGACUUAUUUUCUUUGUCUGCCUUCCUUUCUCUGUUCUGUUAGCUCCAAACUUGGUCACAAUUCACAUACUGGCAGCUUCUAGAACUUAUCUCUGAUCUGGAUUAAAACAGGACAAAAUUUUAUAUGUAUAUGCAUAUAUACAUAUAUCCAAAUAUAUGCAUAUAUAUGCAUAAAUAUAUACAUAUAUACAUAAAUAUAUCCAACAAUGAAGUUUUACUUUAUUUAAUGUUUUAUUGCAGGGCCCUUUCCCAACCUGGUUAUUCCAGGCUACUUUGCAACCCUUUCCAAUUUUUUUAGGUCAGAGAGAUAAAAGGGAGCUAUUUGUGUGUGUGUGUUGGGGGGAUCAACAAUCCAAUUUGUUAUACAGCCACUUUAAUUGAUCACAGGGCACAGACUUCUACUCAAGUCAAGUCCUUAGAUUUUUGCCCUGAGUUGCUGCUGGAUCAUCUGUUGCUGUACUCUGACCCCUCCAGAGAAAUUAAAUGGAGCUCACAUGUGUGCCACUGUGUAGUCUCAUUCUCUGGAGAGCACAAGCAAUUAACUAGCCUGAGAUUGACUAAGAUGAGGGUGUGCCAGGUUAUUUUCAUUUUAGUAGGGAAGGGCAUCUCCCUCAUAUUUAGGGCUAUGGUGACACUGCAGUUCUAUUAGCUUCCUUUGCGAAAAGAGCAUUCUGAAUGAAAACUCUCAAAUAGUGGUCCUAAUUGUUUCCACUGCUCCAGCCACUCUAGCAUUUUCAUCAGCCUGUUGGAGUAGAGCAUAGGAACAUAAUGGAAUGGCAGUAACCAUAAAAAAAAAAAUUGGGUUCCAAAUGAAAUGACCUUUAAGUAGCAUAUCUUUACCUCAUCCUAGAGGUAAAAUAUCUCCCACUUUUUUUGUUUUUUUUUUGCCUUCAGAGGCAAAAGAAUUCCUCCAUGAGUGUCUUAUAAAUUUUCCAUCCAACUUGUUCAGAGAUGACAUGGCUUAUUUAAAGAAUUCCAAAGUUCUAAUUUUUGUCUGAAUCUUGGGCAAACUACCACCAGAAGCAGUAUGGUAUGUAUAGUGGGGGGGGGGAAAAUGUUGGUUCUAGCUCCAAAUAUUGUAUCUUUCACCUGUGUGACCUCAGAAAAGUCAUUUGGAUCACAGACCACAAACUUUAAGGUCAUUGAAUUCAACUCGCUCAUUUUUACAGAUAAGGAAACUAAACAGUAAAACAUUAAGUGGCUUGCCCAAGGUCACAUAAACAGUAAGUGGCAGAUCUGGGGUUUGAAUACCUGUCCUCUAAUGACUCCAUUUCUACAAUACCAUAGAGCCACACUGCCUACUCUGGCCUUCAGUUUCCUCCUCUGUCAAAUGAGGAGGUUUUACUACGUGACUUAUGAGGUCCUUUCUAGCUCUAAAUCUAUUAUCCUAUGACCUCCUCCCUCACACCUUCCUCAUUCACUGCUCAGGCUAGUCUCAUUCCAUUGUGAACAGUGACUCCUCAAAUAAUUGGCAAGGGACACUUGUCUCUUAGCUUCCCUACCUGAGGACGUAGCUUCAAAGAGCUAAGAAAUGAACAGAUUUUCUUUCUGCCCUUUUCCCCACAAAGCAUGUAAACCUUCUGAGGGCUGGUCCCCAUAGGUUUAUCUGAGCUUGUUCUCUAAGUCACAAGUGGGAGAAUUGGGCUCAAUGAAACCAAAUACAACUAUUACAGAAUCAUAUACUAUUUGGUUGGCCACACUAGAAGAGAUGGCACCACUGUCAUAAGCUAGUUGCAAUCCUAUAGCACAAUACCAGGAAAUUAAGCCAACUUUACUCACUUAUUGGGGAAAAGAGAAAGAAAGGACUUUCUCCCUGCCAAGUGUUCUCUAUUUUCUCUAUAUGCACUUCUACAACCAUAUGUAACCAACAACUAAUACACCAAUCUGCUUUUCUUAUUCCUUUAAAUGAGUCAGUCAGUAGUAUACUCUCUUAGUAAAUUUCCACAAUCCUUGAGAGGGCAUUCCUUCAGGGAUGUUUGAAGAGAUAUUUUCCAGCUGGUUUUGGUCUCUGUUCCUCUCUAGGUUGUUCUGAAAUCCAAUUGAUGUAAUUUAAUUUGACAAAUAUUUAUUAAGGACUUUCUAUGUGGAAGGCAGUGUGUUAGGUAUUGACAUGGACUUUUGAAAAUACUUCCUGUUAUUCUUCUUUUAUUGCUUCUUUUUGUCCUCCUUUACCUAGAAUGAAGAAGUGAUUUUUGUUAAAAGUGAAUUCUCUUGAGUUUUGCUCUGGUUCCCAGUCCUUACAGGUUCCAAAGGCUUUAUCAAGAAGUCAUUAACCAAAUAACAUUUCCAUUGAUGGACCUCUGUGUUCAUAAGCUUUUAGAUAAUAGAACAAACUUCCAAAGUACCAGUUUUCAGUCUCCUCUUAUUAUUAUCCAAAUACUGUUUUCUUCUACUUUCAUCCUAAUUUCACUCCUCCAUUUUCCCUUUCUUAGCCAUAUUCUCUUCUUUCCUCCAUCCAUUCCAAAAACUUAUCUUUCAAUCUUCUCUCCUCUUCAGCUAUUAUUUUCCCUCUGGCAUUGUCCCCUUCUCCUUAACCCUGCUCUUGCCUCUAGUUCUAUAAACCAGACAUUUAGAUAAAGAUAAUGGAAUUGGAAUUUAGAAAGGAAUCUCACUUGCUUUUUCUUAGCUUGUUAAUUUUCAUUCAUUUUGUAUUCCUCUAACAACACACCUAAUAGGUAUUUCUUAACAUACAGAACCCAGAACUUUUCUGGCUAUAUUUCAGAGAAGGAGAGGGGUCGCUAGAACCCAGCAGUCACUGAUGUCAGUACAGCCCUGCACCAAUCCUGCUUUUAAUGGAGACUGUCCCUGAGGCUCCAAGUUCUUUCUUGUCAUACCCAGCUCUGACCAUAUCUCUUAGCUCCUCAGGGAUCUCUCAAUCACAUAUGUUGUCUCCAUAUUUUGCCCUUAAUAAUAAUAACACCUCACAUUUAAGUAGUACUUAAUAUUUUACAAAAGCAAUUUACAUGAAUUAUCUCAUAUGAUCACUUCUAUUUGCAAGUGAUAUUUACCCUUUAUCUCGAAACACUGAAAACUUAAUUGAUAUAUCAAAAAUGGAAGGAAAAGAGAUAAUUCUUCAUUUUAUUUCUCACAUCAACUCUACAAUUAUUCAUGUCAAGCACAAGUGAAACUUGAACACAAGAAAUUAUCUAAGAAUCUGCCUUUGACAUAAACAUGACUAUAUUAAUAAACCAUUUAUCUUCUACCAAGCCUGAAAAUGUCCUGAAAGUAUUUCAAGAAAGCUCAUGUUUUAAUGAGAUAUUUUUCAAUGUUCAAAUGCUACUUUUAUAAGCAAAGUAUUGUCUUCCUGGAAAAUUAGUAGCUAAGAGAAGUCUUUCUGGGCUUUCAUUGGAUUUUCAUCUUACAUCCUGACCCUGCUUUGCCUUUUCAACUCUUCUGACUCCCAUCUGGUGUUCUGAGCUAUAUAUGUCUCAUUAUGUCUUACCCACAGUGAAAUUCUCAGCCACUAAAGGCAUAGGGUUGGCUCAAUAUUCUUGGCCCACUAAGUCAAGGUCUUGAAGCUGCAUGUUUAACUAUCAUUCAAUAAGCUUGAUUCCAUAGGCUAAUUUUCAUAGAAACUCACUAAUAUCAGAAAUACUCAAACUAUUCAGGGCUUCCAUCCUGAGGAAUUUGUGAGUUUCCUUUUGCUUCCCUUUUGCAAUGUGGCCCAGGCUUUUGGAAGAUCUUAUCUGAGGGACAGUUGGACAUAUAAGGGAAUAUUGAGAAAAAGUCACAGAGCUUGUGCACUGAAGCAUUUCAAAUUUCCUUGAUAAGCAGCUUCCUGAGAAGAACAAGUUUUUGUGCCAUAAAAGUUGUUGGUUGUUUUUUUUGUUUAUUUGUUUGUUUGUUUGUUUUUUAAACAGCAAUGAAAUUUGUCUCCUUGAAAACAGCUCUGGAUACCAAGGUUCUGAUACGAAAUUGUCGCCACCCUUUUAUCUUUCUAUUCCCUCCUGGUGACACUCCAGUGAAGGAUUAUAAGAUGACAAAAAGACAGAAACAGAGACAAGAUAACCUAUACCAUUACGUAAAUCUUCACAUGUACCAUCAUUCCUCUACUAGUGAUAGAAAUGGCAUUAUGAGUCUCCUUAAUGUCAACAUUUAUAAGGAGAAAAUGUCACUUCUCAAUUGUUCCAUUCUCUUACCCUCUUCUAACCCCAUUGUUAAUGGUGGAUAUGCCCUUAGUUCUAUAACUAACCUAGACAUUUUGUAGUAAGAAAUUCUUUAAGAAAAGCAGUCCUUACUUUAACAUUUUAAUUUGGGUACACUUUCCUAAGAAGAAUUAAAGAACAUUUUUAUGCAUUAGCUCAGUUUAUGGACUUCAUGUUAAUUAUAUGGUGGUACCAAUGAAAAAUUAUCUUUAUAUCUGUAACUUUGCACAGAUUCUUGAUUAAUCAUUAAGCUUCAAGAUGAGCAGUACACUACUAUUUCCUCUGUAUAAUUCUCAUUGUUCUACUUACCUGUAAAAGCACAUUCUGUAUGUACUGUAAACAAAUAUAAGUUUAGUAAGAUUUAGUCUUAAGGAUUUUUCCACUUUUGUCAAUAACAAAUAUUUAUGAAUUUAAAAAUAAAGCAGUUUCAACAAAA